AUGUCACACAAAGAUCAUCUUAGUUUGAAUAUUACUGAUAUUCUUGUCGUAAAAGCUCAAGGUGCAGCAGCAGCGGUGUUUCAACUUAUUGACGAGGAAAAUGAAGCAAGCAUCAAUGAAACAGAUAUAUGGAAAGAGGAUACAAAGUCGAUUUGUAACAUCAACGGUGAUAUUGAAUUUGACAAUGUUAACUUUAAUUAUCCAUCUCGAAAAGAAGCAUCAGUUCUGCAUAACCUCUCUCUUAUUGCAUGUGCUGGUCAGAUAACUGCCCUGGUAGGUUCUAGUGGUUGUGGAAAAAGUACAUGUAUAUCACUACUUCUUCGUUACUAUGAACCUCAGUUGGGUCAAAUAAUGAUCGAUGGUCGACCAAUCACAGAUUACAAUGUCAAACAACUUCGACGAAACAUUGGAGUUGUUAGUCAAGAACCUAUUCUGUUUGGUAUGAGUAUUUAUGAAAAUAUUCGUUUUGGUAAAGUAAAUGCAACACAAGCAGAAAUUGAACAAGCAGCACAAGAAGCAAAUGCACAUAAUUUCAUCAUGCAAUUACCAGAUAAAUAUGAAACACUAGUUGGUGAACGUGGUAUACAGUUGAGUGGUGGUGAAAAACAACGUAUUGCAUUAGCUCGUGCUCUUGUCAAGCAACCUAGUUUCCUUUUACUGGAUGAAGCAACAAGUGCACUUGAUAAUGUUAACGAAAAAAUUGUUCAAGAAACACUUGAUAGGGCAUGCAAAGGUCGUACAACUAUUGUUAUUGCUCAUCGUUUGGCCACAAUUCGAAAUGCUCAUCAAAUAUAUGUAUUAGAUGAUGGAAGUGUGAUUGAGCAAGGUACGCAUGAAAUAUUAAUGGCAAAAAAAGGAGGAAAAUAUCAAGCAAUGGUUAAACAUCAACAAAUGGAAAAAAUCGAUGAUAACAUAGAUGAUAUGAUGAGCAUGCAAAAAGUACAAGAAGAAGAUGAAAAGUGGAUAUGGGCAUCCGGAUGUGGAAAAUCAACAAUUAUUCAGCUGUUGGAACGAUUUUAUGAUGUUACAAGUGGUCAACUACUUCUUGAUGGCAUUGAUAUUCGAAAACUAAACAUUCAUUGGAUCCGUUCUCAUUUUGGCCUUGUGAGUCAAGAACCAAUUUUGUUUGAUUUAACAAUUGCUGAAAAUAUAGCAUAUGGCUUAGAAAAUGUUCCAAUGGAAGAUAUUAUCAAUGCAGCACGUAAAGCUAAUAUUCAUCAAUUUAUUCAGAAAUUGCCUCAAGGUUAUGAAACAAAAGUAGGGUGGAAAGGCAGUUUUCUGUCAGGUGGUGAGAAGCAACGUAUUGCUAUUGCUCGUACUCUUCUUCGUCAACCUAAAGUAUUGCUCUUAGAUGAAGCUACAAGCGCUAUGGAUUCACACAACGAACAAAUUGUACAAGAGGCUCUUGAAAAAGCUCAAAGAGAAGAUCCUAGUCGAACAUCACUCAUUAUUGCUCAUCGUCUUUCAACUAUUUGUUCAUGCGAUUUGAUCUGUGUACUUGAUAGAGGACAUAUAGUGGAGAGUGGUACUCAUAAAGAAUUGAUAGAACGACGUGGAGCUUAUUAUAAAAUGCUGGCUAAAAAUAAUUUACAAUGA